GCCUCUCUUCAUACUGUACUGUCUCUGCACUUUUGAUUUGCUGACUGGCAACUUGACUUCCUCUUAGUGAAACAUCAACAAAUGUUAACUAGGUUCCUCCUUCCUACUCACAGCUGCAUCAUGCGACUGCAGCCCACACAGAUCACUUUAUAUAGACUAUUCAGACAGGUUGUUCUGUAGAAUCGUCCUGGCCACUGCAGAUAUGAGGUCUGGAGGAUUCGUUUCGGUAUCCAGACCGGUCAUAACGUCCAUCGUUCUCAUCUUAUCGCUCUAUUGUUUUCAUGUGUUUGCGCUCAAGUCGCAACUUUUGACGAGGCAUGGCGGGGUUACAGACCUCAAUGCUCAGGACACCGUCAUCAACUAUGAAACAUGCUAUUUUGACCAGAAGAUCGAUCACUUUGGUUUCCUGGAGGAUGGCACCUUUAAGCAGAGAUACCUGGUUAAUAAUGAACACUGGGAUCAGAAGGGAGGGCCUAUCUUGUUCUACACCGGCAAUGAAGGAGACAUUACCUGGUUCUGCAAUAACACUGGUUUCAUGUGGGACGUUGCAGAGGAUCUGGGAGCCAUGUUGGUGUUUGCAGAGCACCGUUACUAUGGAGAAUCCCUGCCGUUUGGACAAGACUCUUACAGUGACACCAAGCACCUGAAUUACCUGACGUCGGAGCAGGCGCUAGCUGACUUCGCUGUGCUCAUCAGAGAACUGAAGAGGAAGGUGCUUGGAGCUCAGGAAAGUCCUGUGAUCGCCAUCGGAGGGUCCUACGGAGGGAUGCUCUCUGCCUGGUUGAGAAUGAAAUACCCUAAUGUUGUUGUUGGAGCUCUGGCUGCCUCUGCCCCCAUAUGGCAGUUCCCUGACAUGGUUCCAUGUGGAGAUUUCUAUAAGAUAGUCACCCAGGACUUCGCCAGGAGUGGACUGAACUGUGACGUUAACAUCCGGAGGUCCUGGAAGGCCAUCGACAACAUCUCAGCAACUGAUGACGGCCUCCAAUGGCUGUCCGGGGAGUUUAGCUUAUGUUCCCCACUCAAGAAGACGGACUUGGACGGUUUUAAGGCCUGGCUCCAAGAGACCUGGGUGAAUCUGGCCAUGGUUGACUAUCCUUACGAAGCUAACUUCCUCCAACCUCUCCCACGCUGGCCAAUACAGGUGGUGUGCAAACACCUUAGCUUUGACCCCAGCAGUGUGUCAGACUACCAGCUGUUAGGGGGUAUCUCUGAAGCUGCUAGAGUCUACUACAACUACACAGGAAACUGUCCUUGUCUCAACACUUCCUCUACGGCUACAGGGAACCUGGGCUUCAUCGGCUGGUACUACCAGGCGUGUACAGAGAUGGUGAUGCCACUCUGCACUGAUGGGGUGCAAGACAUGUUUGAGCCCCAGGACUGGAACUUCCAGGCCUUCUCAGAUGAGUGCAACUCCCUGUUCGGGGUGCGUCCUCGGGCUGACUGGGCAGCGACCGUCUACGGAGGACUGGACAUCGCUUCUCACAGCAACAUCAUCUUCAGUAACGGAGGACUGGACCCGUGGUCAAGUGGUGGGGUGACCCGAAACAUCUCGGACUCGGUGGUUGCCAUAGUGAUACCUGACGGAGCUCACCACCUGGACCUACGCUACAACAACGAGUAUGACCCUCACACCGUCCUCUCAGCCCGCAUCCAGGAGGUGGAAUACUUCAAACUGUGGAUCACACAGGCCAGGAAACUACAAAUACCAGGUUAAAUCAGUCUGAACUACAACUGCCAGGCUAAAUCACUCUGAACUACAACUACCAGGUUAAAUCACUCUGAACAACUGCAAGGCUAAAUCACUCUGAACUACAACUCCCAGGUUAAAGCACUCUGAACUACAACUCCCAGGUUAAAGCACUCUUAACUACAAUUACUAAAUCAAGCAGAACUAAAACUGCCAGACUAAAUCACUCUGAACUUAAACACCCAGGGUUGGCCUGAAAUGUCACCCUAUUCCCUAUAUAGUGCACUACUUUUAUCCAGGACCCCCUAGGACUCUGGUCAGAAGUAGGGCACUAGAUGCAGCCCCAGCCUCUCAAACUACCUGAAGCUGAAAAACCAUAGCAUAUAACAUGUGGCUUUGUUGCAAUGCCCUCUCUAGCAUACUACUAAGAAGGGAGCAAUGUAUUGAACGUGUAUUCUAAGUGAUAUGCUAGUGUGGACAUUGAAACCAAGGCUUUUUUUGCAUCCCAAAAGUGACCCUAUUCCCUAUAUAGUGCACUACUUUUGACCAGAGCCCAUAUGGACCCUGUUUAAAAAGGAGUGCACUAUGAAGGGAAUAGGGUGCCAUAUAAUACCAACGUUCUCUACCACGAGAAUGUACUGAUGUAUGUUCAGUGGAAUAUUGUUUUUCAGAUGUGUUCGAGUUUAAGGAAGAUCUACUUACACCAAUAAUCAGGUUUAGUUAAGUAACUAUUUCAAUGUUGAUUUGUUGAUUUCAAUGAUUGUUUACAGUGUUCUCUGUUUUGUGCCAAAGUCUCUUUUUUUAUUACGAGUCAGAAAGGGCUAGAAUAUCAAAUGUUAAAAACAAAAUAAAUAUUUUCUUAAUUUGAAAAUUAAAGACAUUUUCACAUAACACCAGAUUAGAUCAUUCAGUUACAGUAUUUAUUAAUUGUGUUUAAUUGACAUUUGAUAGCUUACACAUACUGUAUAUCAGAACAACAAUUGUGUUUAUUGGAUAAUUAGUACAAAAAAAAUAUUUAUUUAACAACUCUCAGGAAAAACGUAUGCUUUUUUUUUUGGUAAGUGUUUACAAUUCGUUGUAAUUGACCAUUUCUGUUAAACUAGAAUUAGCAUUAGUCAGGGAUUCUAAAGGUUUUUUCCAAAACAAUUGAUAACAUUCACUUGUAGUUUACAGUUUCUAUACUACGGCCUGAGUUGUAUUUGGUCCAGAAAUUGACCCAUAUUUAACAACGGCAGCAGAAGGGCUGGACCCAGCAGUGUCUCUCAAUGUCGUGUUAACAUGUUUCAUUGACUUUAAUGGUUAUGGCUGUUAAGUAAUAUCCCUUUAAUGGUUAUGGCUGUUAAGUAAUAUCCCUUUAAUGGCUGUUAAGUAAUAUCCCUUUAAUGGCUAUGGCUGUUAAGUAAUAUCCCUUUAAUGGCUGUUAAGUAAUAUCCCUUUAAUGGCUGUGGCUGUUAAGUAAUAUCCCUUUAAUGGCUGUUAAGUAAUAUCCCUUUAAUGGCUGUUAAGUAAUAUCCCUUUAAUGGCUGUGGCUGUUAAUAAGUAAUAUCCCUUUAAUGUCUUACUGCUAUUGUCAUGUGUUGUUCCCAGAUUAAAAGCAAUGUUAUUUUGA